AUGGGGAUUCUCGAGGGUCUUCACAACCUCAACCUGUCGCCUCCAGUGGCUCUCGCUCUUUUCCCGGUGGCGCUGACAGGCUUGAUCAUCACCUACUAUGUCUCGCUGGCGUUCUACAACAUCUGGUUCCAUCCUCUCCGGCACUAUCCCGGCCCCGUGCUGAACGCAGCGACACGACUCACGUGGAGUUUCCAAGUGAUCUCGGGCCGGUCUCAGUUCACGCUGUCGAAGCUGCACGACAAAUACGGCGAGGUGGUGCGGAUCGGCCCCAACGAACUAUCGUACACGACGUCCAAGGUGUGGAAGGACAUCUAUCAGUCCCGGCCCGGCAAGCCGCAGUUCCAGAAGGAUCCGUUGCACUACCAGAAGCACGACAAGACACCGAGUCUGCACGUGUCGAGCGAUGCCGACCACACGCGGAUGCGGCGCAUGAUCGCCCACGCCUUCUCGGACAAGGCGCUGAGAGAGCAGGAGCCGAUCAUGAAGCAGUACAGCGACACGCUGAUACGGCGGCUGCACGAGGUGACGGCGUCGGGCGAGGCCAUCAACAUCAAGCAGUGGUACCAGUGGACGCUGUUCGACCUGUUCGGCGAUCUGUGCUUCAACCAGCCCUUUGGCUGCCUGGAGGCCGGCAAGAGCCACCCGUGGAUCGACAUCAUCGGCGAGUCGAUCCAGGCCUUCUACUAUCUCGGGCUGGCGCGCCGCAUCCCGGGCCUCCAGAGCCUGAUGAUGAAGAUGAUCCCCAAGAAGAAGACCGAGCAGGCCGCCUGGCACUCGGCCUUCAGCAAGAGCCUGGCCGACAAACGCAUGGCCAUGAAGACCGACCGGCCCGACUUCAUGUCCUUCAUCCUCAAGCACAACGAGACCGAGAAGGCCCUGACCGUGCCCGAGAUCCGCUCCAACGUCAACGUCUUGAUCCCCGGCGGCAGCGAGACCACCUCGACCUUCCUGACCGGCACCACCUGGACCCUGCUGCAGAACCCGGAAAAGUACAAGCUGCUGGUCGACGAGAUUCGCUCCACCUUCAAGGACUCGGAUGAUAUCAAGAUCAGUAACACCGCCGGCAUGGACUAUCUGAACGCCGUCAUCAACGAAGGCCUGAGGUUUUACCCGCCCGUGCCCUCUAAUAUGCCGCGUGUCGUGCCGGACGAAGGAGCCAUCGUGGCAGGCAAAUUCCUGCCUGGAGGAAUCUCGGUCUGCGUGGCGCCGUACCCCAUGGCUCGCAGCUUCCGCAACUACAAGAAUCCCGACUCCUUCGUGCCCGAGCGCUGGCUCAAGGACCCCGACUACGCCGACGACGACCUGAGCGCAUCGCAGCCUUUCUCCUUCGGUCCACGGAACUGCAUUGGAAAGAAGUGA